UAUUCUUACACACAUGUACUGAGCAUAGAUCUCAAAGAAAGAAGCAGUAAAUAUAAGUUCCAGCAAAAACGUGUCAACUAUUGGUUCGAACGGGAUCAAAAGUACCGUGUGUAACACGUGCACGUAUCGCUUUCUAUAUUGAAGACUUUGAUUUAUUUGGCAAGAAUUGGCUCGGGAAAGUUAGUCUUAAACUAAGAUAUGGGUCAAAUACUCGAUUUCUUGACGUCCCGCACUACGAACCUAAACCUGUCUCUCCUUUUGUUGCAACCAUACCUGCAAAGGUGACUUACUUCUCGGCUUACAAUGCCAAAUCCCGAGGGUUUAAAAUGAGAUACUACGCAUUCAGCAUGUCUGAAAAAAACCAGGUGGUUAACAAGAAAUGGAAGUUUUCCGUCAUUAAGAAUAAUCCAGGAACAUUCCGUGUCUCGUGGUCCCGAAUACCAUCUCGCCAUCCUGGUUCUAAAUACACCUACUUGGUUAUAUGUAAAAGGGUUAAAAGUACACGCAUUAAGAUUGCCAGGGCUAUGAAUUCGAGAUCAGCUGUGAUUGACAUACUCCAGCCGAAAACAAAAUAUUCUAUACGAGUGAUUGCUUUUGACACGUCAAGAGCCAAUAGGAAACCAAUAUACAGCCGUCCACAGCUGGUAAAGACACUUGAUGGAAAGAUUCGCCUGGUUGGAUGGUCUAAGAAAGCAACCAACACAGCAGGACGCGUUGAGAUUUUCUACAAGGGUCAUUGGCGAAAGAUCUGCUAUACCGUGGGUUUUUGGAGCUCGUGGCGCAGUUGGGAUUUGAACAAUGCUAAUGUGGUCUGUCGUUCCCUGGGUCUACCGAGAGCAGUGGCUGCACCACACAGCGUAGUCUUUGGUAUUGGUACUAGUCCAACCUGGAUUAAAAAAGUACACUGCCGUGGAACUGAAACGUCUUUGUUUCAGUGUCGGCGUAAUACAGUAUGGAGAGGAAGAAAAUGUCAUAAAGACAACUAUGCUAGUGUUGUGUGUUUUGUACCGCCUGUCUACUUGAAUGUUACGACUCUCGCUGGCGUGAUCAGCAGUCCCGGAUAUCCAAGAUACAUGAAACAAGCCCGUUACGAGUGGACUUUCGUACUUCCCGUCAUACCACGUGCACGUAUGGCUUUGUAUUUCGAAAGCAUUGAUUUGUCUGGCCAUCAGUACCUUGGAAAUAGUAAUGUCACUCUGCAGGAUUUAUCUGGACAUCAACUCUUCCAUCUCAGUAAUACCAAAAGCGAGCCACUUUUCCUUAUUCAAAAUAAGACAACAAAGCUGGUGUAUUAUUCUUGGUUUACCAGAAGAGGAAAAGGGCUUCGUGUACGUUACUUGUUUUAUCGUCCUUUUGACGAAGCUCUUUUACAAAAUGCUUCCAUCUUGGCAUCAAGUACCAGUCCCCACAGCAUCAGUGUAUCUAUCGGUUCUUUCACUGUUGAUGGUUUCAAAGUCCUUGGGUAUUUUAUCACCUGUAAUUCAACAGAUGACUGGCAUCGUACUGCAUCUUACGCUAUUGCUGAUAAUAAAACAAAAACCGCUUCAUGUCAUCGUCUGGUGGGUUUGGCAAACUACAAGGUACAGGUGUUUGCAGUUGGUACUAACGCUACUGAUGGCAGUAUGAUGAUGUACAAGAGCAAUCCUAACGAGAUAAAAACCUUGGAAGGAGUACCGAGUCAAAGUCCAUCGGGUUUCCAUGUUGUUUCCUCGACUUCAAGCACCAUUCACGUGCAGUGGAAUCCACUACCACGUGACCAUGCUAACGGUAUUCUUCUUGGAUACAAGGUGGAGUACUGUGAUACAUUUCAUUUGCGCCGCAGCAAGACCAUAACCACCAAUAACACUCAAGUGGUUCUUGAACAUGAUCUUCCUGGUAUGGUGUAUCGCAUUACUGUACGUGGAUUUACUGGGAAAGGCCAGGGACCAUUUUCAACUACUGAGUUAUAUACAAAAUGCGGAGGAAUCGAACAGCAAGCACAAGGAACGAUGAGCCAUCCACCUUAUAAUUACCGUUCUUGGUCUUUGAAUUGCUGGUGGACGUUGAAAGCACCUUCUAAGAUGGGAAUGAUUGUAAUUUCCUUAUAUGUCUACUCUGAAGACUGCGGUUCAUAUUUUGCAGCUUUAUUUAACAACGCAGAUGAGAUGGUUCACAGAUUGUGCAAGACCCGAAGAGAGAUAUUUUUUGCCUAUAUUUCCUUUGGUACAGCCAAACUACAGUCCUACACAGCAAGACUGGUUUUUUUAGGAAGUAGUUUUGUUAUGAAAGCAAAGUAUUACAUGUUUGAAAAUGGCCUUGACGAUGGAACUGAUGACUGAUACUCGUUGCAGGUUUACUUAAUAUAUUGCACUUAUAUCGCAAUCAUCAGUGCUGUAGUCAGUAAGAUUCACUCUAGAGGUUUUGCACCAUCACGUGCCCAUUCCAUAAUACUGCUCGGGCUGCCUGUGGUUAGAUGGCAGGACAAUAAAAUCCUUUUGCUCUUGAGAAUUUAAUUCUUUAUCAUCUAAAACGAUUGUAUUGUUCCUGCCAUCUAACAUGGCUGCCGUCACGUGGUAGUGCAAAACCUCUAGAUCGACCAAAGAAUCCGCACUGAAAUCAUUUAUAGUGUUAUUGUUGUUUGUAUGUAGUAUCUUGAAAUCGAGGAAAUGAUUUGAAUGUAUUGCAUUCUUUGAAUAAAUUCAUAUCAAACAUCAA